AAACCAAGGGUAUUAGGGAUAUUUUACCCUUUAAUGAAUGUCAUUUUUGUGACUUUUCUCCUUCUAGUGCUAUUUUUUAGACAUAAACUUCAAAAGUUGCUAUUACUGACAAUUGCCCUUAAAAUUAUUCAAUUAAAAAUUUAAAAAGUAUAUAAUAUUAGUUCUGGUGUAAAAUUUUGUAUAAUUUCUACACCAAAUUUAUUGUCAUGGUUAAAAAUGAUUAGGACACAUUAAAAAUAUUUAUUAUCAGUUUUACAUUGUCUAGAUUAGUAUUUUUUUUUUAGUUUUUAUUUAUUACCUUAAUUUUUGGAUAUCAGAUACUAAUCUAUAUUUUUAAUCUAAUAUUUGUUUUGUAGUAUUAAAUAUAUAUAAAUUAAAAAUUAUAAAAUAUAACUAGAAAUCUUAUACAUAAUGAAAAAGUAUUCAUUAUAUAUCUUUCAACUAAAGAAUGAAGUUAGUGAAUAAAGAUGUUGUAAAACUUGCAUACCUAAGAAAAUAAAUUUAUAAUAUACAUAUGUAUGCAUUUAUUGGAUUGCAUAUUAAUUUUUUUAAAUCAAUAGUUGUGAUUUUAGUUAUUUUUAAUGUAUAUUAACUUUAAUAUUUGAUUUAAUUUAUAAAUUACAUAUAUCUAGAUUUUUUAAGAUCUAUAUGGAUAACUGAUUGAACCAAAUAUUACAAAUAUUUCAUCUAUCCGAAGUACCUUCAAAGUUUUAUACAAAUAUUUCAUCUAUCCGAAGUACCUUCAAAGUUUUAUUUUAAAACCGCAAAUAUCCAAAUUUCCGAAGGUAUUCACGAGUAAAAUUUAUUUUCUGUGGAAUAAUUAGACCAAAUAUAUCUGGUAUUGAAUUUCAUUAUCUUUAAAAAAAAGAAUACAAUGGACAUGCAAACUAAAUGUUGGGCCCCAUACUAUAAGUAGUCUCUUUCUCCUCUUCUCCGGUCUCUCCUCUGCUUCAGCUGAAUCUUCCCAAGGACGACCGUUUUGAUUCUAUUGUAUGGUGGAAUAACAUCUCUUGUUCCUCUUCUUCGCUUCCUCUUGCACGAACGAUCUCACUCUCUCUAAUCUCAUUUUCUUUCUUCCAUUUGCAGGUUUUGAGUAUUCUGGUUGGUACCUCCUGUUCUAUCUCUGUUGUCAUGGACUCUUCUCUCGACGGUGACUCCAUGAAAGGCAGAAAAAUGAGCGUUGAUGAAAAGAGAAAGCUUGUUCAUGAACUCUCAAAAGAUUCGGAUUUAGCCUUCGAAGCCUUGCAGGUGUGGACCCAUGAAGAGAUUCGACAGGUCUUAUGCGCAGAGUUAGGGAAAGAAAGAAAGUACAAGAACUUGACGAAAGCUCAGCUCAUCAACAGCCUCUUGAAAACUGUGUCAGAGAAAAAAGCUCCAACGCCUAUUAAAGGAAACUCUGGAGGAGAUCAAGAAGACAGGAAGAGAGACUCAUCAACAACAACAACAAAAACAACUAAGAGAAACUCAAAAAGACAAAGGAAGAACGCUACUCCUACUCGCUAUGUGAGCGCUGAAUCGGUUAAUAAAGCUAAAGGCGGUAUCUACUGUAAGAACUUGGCUUGUCAAGCUAUGCUGAGACAAGAAGACUUGUUCUGUCAAAGGUGUUCUUGUUGUGUCUGCCACAAGUAUGAUGACAAUAAAGAUCCUAGUCUCUGGUUAACCUGCGGUUCUGAUCCUCCCUUCCCCGGUGAUUCUUGUGGCUUGUCUUGCCAUCUGGAUUGUGCUUUCAAGAAUGAAAAAUCAGGUCUCAAGCCAAGUAGUGACGUUGAUGGAUGCUUCUACUGUGUCUCCUGUGGCAAAACAAACAGCUUGCUUGAGUGUUGGAAGAAGCAACUGUUGAUUGCAAAGGAAACCAGAAGCGUUGACGUGCUUUGUAACCGUCUUGUAUUGGCUCAGAAGCUUCUCAAGGGCACGGAGAAGUACAUAAAGCUUUCUGAGACCGUGGAGGAAGCUGUGAUGAGUUUAGAAACUGAGUUGUGUGGUGGUCCUCUUACUGAUCUUCCAUCGGCAAUGUGUAGAGGAAACGUAAACAGGCUUGGCUCAGCGUCAAAAGUGAAGGAUCUUUGCUCUUCUGCUUUGAAAUCUCUCCAAGAUACACCAGAGUGUUGCUUCAAAGUUGUUUCCCUUAGAGGCGGCAAACAGUCCAGCGUAGAUGAAACCAAAGUCUCUACAAGAACCCUUCAAGAAGAAGAAGAAGAAACUGUUUCAGAGAAGGUGGUCAAUGGUAAGAGUUCAACAAGCUGCGGGUUUGGGCUGGAGGAUUGCGUGAAGAUUAUGAGACAGCUUGAGUGUUCAGGUUAUGUUGAUAAGAGUUUCAGACAGGAGUUCCUGACUUGGUAUAGCUUAAGAGCCAGUGCUCAGGAGAUGAACGUUGUGAAGACAUUCAUUGAUGCUUUCGGGGACGAUUCAGUAGCUUUAGCUGAGCAGCUCGUCGACACAUUCUCUGAUUGCAUAUCAAGAAAGCGGUGACAAGGAUUCUGUAUGAAGCAGCGGCAUUGAUUGGAAGAAUAUUUAUUUAGAACAAAUUAUCAUGUAAACAACAGAAUUUGAUGAAUGGGUUGUUUUGCUCUUUUUGGACAAAGUAGAUCGCAUUGCACUUAAAUAUGUGAAUGAAAACACUAGAGAGAAUCUGUGGGCC